UCAUAACGACAUCCGACACGGAACAGCUAUGUUUUCGCUGCUAAUCCUGGUGCUGCCCUUGCUGGCGGAGGGUGCUUCCACAGAGAAUGUGGGCUGUGUACUGCCAGCUGCUUCCACUGAGAAGUUCUACAUGACUACCGAGGAGAAGCCGUGGUACCAACAAUACCAGUACCAGGUACCCGGCCUGUUUGACCUGGGCUGUGUUACUUACGUCCAGUCGCCUGGGGAGAGCGACACCGAGAUGUACCUUACUGGCAACUUCAGCAAAGCGCCUCUAUUUCCUCUGAACAGUUAUGUGUCAGUCACUGGAAACAAGCUGGACAAGGUCUAUGAUGGCGUUUGGGAAUCUCUACUGAGCGGACCAUACAAUGUAGUGUACUCGCACGAGGAUUUCAUCAUGGACCACUACUGCUUUCUCGGAUAUGAAAUGGCUCAAAUCUUCACAACUGUCAAGGAACCCAGCGACGAGUUGAUGGAGCUGGUAUGGGAAGUUGUCAGCAAUCACACUGAAGUGGACAAGUCUAAGUUUAAGAAAGUGGUCUGUUAAUGCUGUACUUCUGACAAAUAAAUAUUAAUGAAGCAUA